AUGACAGUUGAUCUAAGACACUUGUUGGUUUACGUGGGGGUGUUGGCAGGAGGAGUACUGCUCUAUGGCUUUAGCAUUGUCGUAUACCGAGUCUUCUUCCAUCCUCUCGCCAAAUACCCAGGCCCUUUCCUCGCCAAGAUCACAGAUGGCUACCAGCUCUACCACGCCUGGAAGGGCGACAGACAGCUCGAGUUCUGGCGCAUGCACCAAAGAUACGGCCCUGUCGUCCGUUUCGGCCCCAACUCGAUCUGCUUCAACUCCAACAAGGCUCUCAAGGAGAUCUACGGCUUCCGCACAAACGUCCGUAAAGCCGAGUUCUACAAUGCCUUUGUCCACCCUACCGCCAACACGCACAACACGCGAGACAAAGAGGUUCAUGCUCGCAAGCGUCGUGUCAUGUCCCAGGCCUUUUCUGAGAGCGCCAUGAAGGAGAUGCAGCGGUAUAUUCUGGGCAAUGUCCGCACUUUCUGCGAGCAGAUUGGUAUGAUGGAUGGUUCUGUGGACGAGAACAAGGGCUGGACUAAGCCUCGCAAGAUGAGCGACUGGUGCAAUUACCUCGCCAUGGACAUUCUCGGUGAUUUGUGCUUUGGUAAGGCUUUCCAUAUGCUGGAGAGCCCGACCAACCGCUUUGCCCUGGACCUCGUCGAAGCUGCUACCACGCGCCACCUUCUUUGCGGGACUAUGCCAAUUGUUAACAAGCUAAACCUGGACAAGAUCCUCUUCCCCGGACUCGCUGCUGGCCGUGCUCGUUAUAUGGCAUACAGCAAGGGUCAACUCGCAGAGCGCACCAAGCUCGGCGAGGACACAGAUCGCCGCGAUUUCUUCUACUACCUCCUCAAGGCUCGCGAUCCCGAGACUGGCCAGGGCUUCAGCACUCCUGAGCUCUGGUCCGAAUCCAACCUACUUAUCAUUGCUGGAGCCGACACCACAUCUACCGCUAUGGCUGCCACCCUCUUCUACCUCGUUCGAUGCCCCCGCGCUCUCGAGAGAGUCACCGAGGAAAUCCGAAGCAAGUUCAACGACGUUGAGGAGAUCUGCCAGGGUGCUACUCUGGCAUCCUGCACCUACCUCCGCGCCUGUAUCGACGAAGCCAUGCGCCUCUCCCCAUCCGUCGGCGGUAUCGUCCCCCGUGAAGUUCUCGCUGGCGGUAUCACCGUCGAAGACCGCGCUAUUCCUGAGGGUACUGUCGUCGGCGUUCCUCACUACGCCAUCCACCACAAUGAAUCUUACUUCCCCUCACCCUACGAGUACGUACCCGAGCGAUGGCUCGCUGGUGCUCAGAACCCUCUCACUGGCACAAAGACAACCGAGGAUGAGGUGGCUCUGGCUGCCAGCGCCUUCUGCCCCUUUAGCAUUGGACCUCGAGGUUGCAUUGGAAAGGGUAUCGCUUAUGUUGAGAUGACCAACACUCUUGCUCGCACCAUGUACAUGUACGAUAUGCGCAAGGCCGUUGGUAUCGUGGAUCCUGCUGAGGGCAACCCCAAGAACGAAUGGGGUCGACACCGACCGAGCGAGAUGCAGCUUGUUGAUACAUUUACCAGUGCCAAGAACGGACCUAUGAUUGAGUUCCGUAAAGCCGCGCAUAUGUCAUCCUAA